GGCUCAAUCAGCUAUGUGUGAGGUAGAGGGGGGUUUUGGACCCGUGCCGCCAGGCGCGAUUGCAGAUGGUGGCAUUCGCAAAGGUCCCGAAGAUGGAGAGCCACCUGAAGAAGGGCUUGCUCAUAUUCAGCUGCCCGUGAAGUCCGCUUUGGACUUAAAACAAGAGAGGCUCGUCGGCACUGUGACGAAGUACCUGCCAGUCAGUGGUUAUGGCAUGGUCAAGAGUCACAUGUUUGAGGGCGAGCUGACAUUCAGGAUAGAUCGUGUCAUGCCUGAAUUUCAAGCUCAUCCCCUACAUGAAAACGAAGGGGUAGAGUUUGACGUUCAAGCUGAUGAAACGGGCAAACCGGUGGCAGUAGCAGUGAAACCUGUCCUUGGGCGAAAGCCCUAUGACGUCUUGGGACAGAGACAUAGAGGCUAUGUCAGACGGUUUGCAGAACGUUGGGGAUUUCUUAAUGCUGCAGCCUUUGAUGGUGAUCUCUUUGUCCACCGUGAUAACCUUCUACUUGAGCCUGGAACGGAGACUGGUGCCGAUGGGCAGCCCAUUCUUCGAACAGGUCAAGUGGUUGAGUUUGACGUGGCCCUGGAUGAUCGUGGAAGGGCAGUAGCCAAACAAAUCACCACACGUGCACUUCUGCGUCCUGGUGACUGGAUCGGGCACAGGUUGCGAGGAUACAUAAGAUCUUUUCAAGGUGCUUGGGGUUUUAUUAACUCCGAUCGUUUUGCUGGAGAUCUUUUCGUCCAUCGCGAUUCACUCUUAGCCGCUUGCCAGAAUGCUCAAUUAGCAAUCGGCACAGUCGUCGAAUUCGACAUAGAGCGGGAUCACCAUCGGAAGGGUGCGAAGAACCGCUUGGUUGCAAGGAAUGUUUCUGUUCUUCCUGGUGAGGCUCCAGUUCAGCUGCCACCCCUCAUCCCCGGGCAGCACCCGGUGCCCCUGGAUCCGGCUGCUGCGCCGUUUGGGGCGCCCGGCACUCCGCAUGGUGCGGAGGCUCAGCAGGCAUCCUCGAUGUACUACCAGGCGCCUCCAGUGCAAGAUCCAGCUCUUAGCUACGGCGUACCGCCAUAUACCUACCCUCCGCCAACUCAAACACCGCAAACACCUCAAGGGCAACAAACUUAUUCCUAUCCGCCACAGUCUCCUUACUAUUCUUCAUAUGCUCCCUAUGCUCCUUAUGGAGUGCCAUAUGGACAGCCUCCCUAUGGCAACACGCCUUAUCCGCCCUAUGGGGGCAAUCCAUAUGGGCAGUAUGGGGCCUAUGGGCCACAUGGAGGCUUAGCUUACCCAGAGUCAGGGGAUGCUGGUGCCAGUGAGGCAGGUACUGAAGAGAAGGCGCCUGCGAAAGGCAUCAGGCAUCAUGAUGUGUGCGUGUUUUCACGCUUGGAAAGACAUGAAGCCAAACCACAAGAGGCGAUGUUUGCGGAAGCCGCUGGUGCUGUCCCAAAGGUGGCAGAUGGAGUACCGGCCAUCGCUCCUCAGACCAACGGUGAAGAGAGACCAGCACCGGCACCGGUCGCCACCGCUGCGCCUGGUGCUGCGACCGCGCCGUCGCCGCCGACGGCGCCCCCCGGUGCUACGGCAGCGACGCCUCCGGCUGCCACGCCCGCUGUGGCAACCAGUGGAGCAGCCCAAGAAUAUCAGGCUCCGACAGCUCCAGGGCUGCUACACAUCACCAUCCAUGACUGGGAACCAGAUCAGCCUGGGCAGCUCUUUGUCACCAAGGGAACCUUGGUGAACAUCUCAUAUCGAGCAGCUCACGGUUGGGUUUACGCAGGAACUGUGCAACCUGGAAGCGAAUCAGCACCACCAGCCUCAGAGGGAUGGAUCCCACAGGCGGUCGUCAAGCGUGUCAGCCUAUGCCGUGUUGCUGUGGAUUGGCCCGCAGAGGGGCAGGCGACGCUUGGCGUGACCAAGGGCGAGAUCAUUGCGGUUUCGAAAGAGGCGGAACGUGGCUGGGUCUACGGAGAGCGGCUUGGAGGUGACCGUCCGAGCGACAAGCUUUGUGACGGCUGGUUGCCGAAGAAGGUGUUGGAUUACAUCCAGGCAUAGCCGCGGCUGUGGUGAGCUGCGUUCGGGCUGCUGGCUGUUGCCAACAGUUUUGCAAGCCUGUACAUUGUAGAUAGGCUAGCCGGAGGCAUUUCUCGGGGGUGAAAGCCGAAGUUUUGGUUGC